AUGAAGCCUCCAAAGACUAAAAAGGAGAUCCGAGGAUUUUUGGGGAGAAUGCAGUACAUCAGCAAGUUCAUAGCUCAACUCAUUAUGACAUGUGAACCAAUCUUCCGACUGCUUAAGAAGGAGGUCCCAAUCAUGUGGAAUGAACAAUGCCAAGAAGCCUUUGAGAAGAUCAAAAGUUAUCUAAUGAAACCACCAAUACUUGUUCCAUCAGCUCUUGAAAAUCCAUUGUUGUUAUACCUUACCACUAUAGAUAUAGUGAUAGGGGCUUUACUUACACAAUACUUAGAGGAGACUAGAAAGGAGAAUGUCAUAUACUACAUCAGUAAGAAGAUGAUGCCUUAUGAAGAGAACUUACAAGGUUCUGUUGAUUGCAAGAAUGGAUCCUUUGAAGUAUUUAAUGGAAAAACUGUGCAAGAUGGGAAGACUGUGAAAUGGGUUUUGCUUUUGUCAGAAUUCGAUAUUAGGUAUGUGACUCAGAAAUUUGUGAAAGGAAGAGCAAUUGCCAAUCACUUAGCCCAUUGUUCACCAAAAGAAGCUGAAGAGAUUCAAGGAGACUUUUUGGAUGAAGACACCAUGGAGAUUGAAGUAGAAUCAUGGAAGAUAUAUUUUGAUGGAGUAACAAAUCAAAAUGAAAGUGGAAUUGGAGUUCUCUUAAUUUCUCCAAAAUGGGCACACAUCCUAUUUUCUGCCAGACUCAACUUCCCUGCCAUCAACAACGCCACAAAAUAUGAAACUUGCAUCAUGGGCCUACAAGCAACCUUAAGCCUAGGAGUGAAAGAGUUGGAGGUGUAUGGAGACUCAACUCUAAUAAUCUCUCAGGUACAGAAUAAAUGGAAGAUCAAAGAAGAGAGGCUUAUGCCUUAUCAUCAAUGUCUACAAAAGUGGUCAUCAAAAUUUAGCAAGAUCCAAUAUCAGUAUGUGCCGAGGAUGCAGAAUCAAAUUGUAGAUGCUUUAGUAACCAUGACAUCCAUGAUGGAUGAGCCAAAAGAAGAUGAAGCUAGACUUAUAAUGUUGGAACAAAAAGAAGAACUAGCCUACUGCAUAAUAGUAGAAGAAGAUGAAGGAAAGGAUGGGGAAGGUGAAUGGUAUUCAGACACCAUACAAUACCUCAAGGAUGGAACAUAG